GUUUUCGAGUUUUCAUAUUAUAAAAUUGGUCACCGUACUUGGUGUACUUUUUGAUUAUAAAUAAACUAUAAAUAAAUAAAUUAGAAGCCAAAGCCACAAAAGUUGAGAGAGAGAAUAAAUUAAAAAUGCCUGAUUGUAAUUCCAACUACGAAAGUGAAAUCAACGACGGAAAGAAUGCAAGAAAUGUUAAAUGUAAAUUCUGCAAUUCUACAAUUUUAACGCCAUCCACAGCUUCAUUCACUAGUUUUGAGUUCCAACUACCACUCAUCAGACAAUCAAAAUCGAAUGAACAAAAUCCAGAAUCUGAGUGUGUAUCCCUUUUUUGGUCGGUGUCUGACAUGUUCACAUUCCAAAACGUGGGGUUCUCCAACACAGUGGGCAACAAUAAAUACCUAACCUGCGCUGACUGUGAAGCAGGACCCAUUGGAUAUCAUGAUAUACCUAGUAAAAUGAGUUAUGUAGCCCUUAGUAGAGUAGUACACUGUUGAGUAUACUAAAUUAGGAAAUAUAUUACAUCUUUUUAACACUGAACAAAGAAGAUAAUUCAUAGACUAGUGGCAAGGAUAAAAACUCAAUUCCAUUCUAUGUAGAAUUGAUUUAAGGUGGAUUUGUGCUAAAGGUACAUAUAAGUUGGCCAACAUGAAUUCUUAUGACUUGUUGAUAAGGAUAAUAUAGCAUAUAGCAAAAAUUAAAUUAACACUAAUUGAAAUAAAUUGUCAUUAAGAAGUAUUUCUAUCUUAUACCAUACAAAAUAGUUGAGAAAAAUAUAAGUUUCUGGCACUUGA